ACAAUCAACGAUCGACACGCCUAAGUGAACGCUUCACAUUCCUGCGGUGGGAUAUCCUGGUGGCCUGCGUUUUUGACUAUUGUUCACCCGAAACUCUACUUGUAUGCAAGGAUGGUGGAUGCCAUCCUUUGUGUGGACAUCCGCUGGGUCACUGUUUGGCUUUGCCUGGGUAACGAGUUGUGGACCACAGCGCGAAUAAGGAAGUGACGCGCCGCACGGUGGGCCAUCCCCUUUAUUUACUUGAAGCGGAUGUCCCAACAGUUAAAUACUGGCACUUGUGUUGUCCUCCUCCUCUUCAUCACCCAUCGUAUUCUCUCUCAUCCUGACUGGUACUGUCUAACUAUACUCACUUCUUCUUCCACUUGUUAUCUUCUACCACGGGCUAGGACCUGAAGCUAUCGACACAUUACUCUUUGAUUUUCUCAUGGACCAAAACAUCGAUAUGAUGGGCCCAAACACCAUCUCCCACCUCGAUACUUCCGUUAGCCCCUACUCCUCGGCUUCAUCCUCGCAGAACAAUUCUCCCUUCGCUCCAUAUGCAUUUUUCCCGCCGAACUCGACGGGUACAACUCCUGGGACCACUCCCGAAUAUGACGGCGUAAAGUCUAGUACUAUUACUUACCACGAUGCGGAGCGUCGUACGGAGCAACAAGCUCAAGUCUACGCCCACCCCCAGCAUGAGCUUCAGCCCGAGCCUGAGGCCCAACCCCAGCUCCAGCCCCAGCCUUUUAUCGGCUCUUACCCUCCCGAUAUGUAUAGUCCGCGGUACGUUACACCUAGGCUGGCUCCCAACGCGCCCGCGUUCAAUACCGGUGGGGUAAUAUAUGGACAACAGACGAUGAUGCCUGGGUAUGCCCCUCAUCCACCUGCCGCCUAUCCCCCUCAGCAAUAUCUCGCAACCCCUCAACCAUAUCACUACCCCGUCCCUCCUCACGCUUAUGCUGGGUAUGCACCGCCACCUCAGGCUAUGAACACUUACCUUCCUUCGAUGCAAGCUGGUCUUGCUCCUGCGGUAGCUGUGAGCCCUCCAGUCUCGGUGUCCCCUCCGCAGGCACAGGCUGCUGCAGCUGCAACCCCAGCUCCAGCCACGCAACCGCAACCGCCUUCAGACCGUGAUAGACUCCUUCAGGUCUAUACGGCCGAACAACUUGACUUCAUCGUCGCGACCGCACAGCACGUCUAUGGGACCGAUGCGCAGAUGUCAGACACCUGCCCUACUGCCUCCUCCAUGCAACCACAAAUGCAAGGAACCGGUUACUACCAACAUGUCGACCAUUACAAUCAGGGAUUUAUGCAGCAGCUUCCAUCUGUAGGCUCCUCUGGGAGGAGUUCGGUGCGGCGCAGGAAACGCAGGGCGGCCAAUGAUAGUGGGGGCGUGACCAAGAAGCGGAAGAGAAUCCGUCACAUUCCCGUCGAUCAGGACCCUGAUUUUAAAAACGUCGGCACCAAGGACGGCAAAACCAUCUUCCAAUGCCUCCUUACUUCGUGCAAUGGUAUCCAAAUGCAGGAAAGCAGCGUGCGUAAUCAUAAAACUACCAGAACGCAUAAGCCAGAAGAGAGUGCUCGGUUGCCGUGCCUGGACUGUGGCCAACUUUUUAGUCGUUCCGAUUCUCUGAAUCGUCAUCAGGAUUCCGGGCAGUGUGAACUGAACCAGAAGAAAUCUCAGGAGGUCUCUCAAUCACCUCACGAUGCAUCUACGUCAUCGGUCACGAACACCUUCGCGCCUCCACCCCCCGUCGCCGUUCCCGAAGAGGCGUUUACUGUCCAAGUAUCAGCUCCUGCCACGAUCUCGGUGCCACAUCAAAAUCCGCCCAUGCCGGUGACCGCCGCUCAGAACACAUGGUUUCUGCCCGCUACGCAAUGUAGUGAUGGGCGCUCUGUGCCUCAGCAACCCUCCGCAGCGCCUCUCCCACCGGUUACAGCGCAAGAUUUCUUUACCACCUCAGUAGAGGAAGAUGAUCUCUUUGGCUCCCCGGUCAUGUCUGACUCUGUUGCACUGCCGUCAGGGCUUGUCGUAAAUGAUGACCUUGCGCUUGCUAAUCCCUCAUUCGAUGUGUCGGCCUUCGACAUCCCUUAUGAGGAGUGGUGCAACCUGUCGUUCGCUCCGCAAUAAUAGAAUACAGUUGACGGACUUCCGUGUCCUCGUCGCUCGGACUACAGCAUAUUAUCAUUAUGGUUUGGAUUACUUUAUAUGUCAUGUAAUCUUGUUCUGUCGUAUCCGGAUCUUAUACCGUCAUUCAUCGCACCUCACAAUAUGUACAGUAACAUACGCAGGCACCAUCAUACCGUCACGAUC